AAUCCGCACCGCCCCGGUGUCAAUUACCAAAAAGCAAAAUACCAGAAAAAGUAAAGCAAUACCCGCCAGUGUAAUUUAGUGAAGAAAAGAAAUAUAAAAGCUAAAAUGCACUCGUGGUCAGCAUCACCUGCGGAUCGGAGGUUAAGUGCACUGAUCAGACACCUUGAAGGAUCAUCGAAUGCCAUGGAUUCCGAUACCAUUACAGCCUAUCCAACUUCGGGCUUUCCUGGAGCCCGCAAUUCUGUCUUCGAGCAUAUUGUUCGGGCCCCCGAAGAUCCAAUUCUCGGCGUAACUGUUGCGUACAAUAAGGACACAAGCCCGCUGAAGUUGAAUCUGGGUGUUGGUGCUUAUCGGACAGAGGAAGGAAAACCUCUUGUUUUGAAUGUCGUUAGAAGAGCAGAGCAAAUGCUAGUGAAUGACAGUUCUCGUGUAAAGGAGUAUCUUCCAAUUGUUGGGUUGGCAGAUUUCAAUAAAUUGAGUGCGAAGCUCAUACUUGGUGCCGACAGUCUUGCCAUCCAAGAGAACAGGGUCACAACUGUUCAGUGCUUGUCUGGCACUGGCUCAUUACGGGUUGGAGGUGAAUUUUUGGCUCGACAUUAUCAUCAACGUACUAUAUAUAUUCCACAGCCAACGUGGGGAAACCACCCAAAAGUUUUUACUUUAGCUGGGUUAUCAGUAAAAACUUUCCGCUACUAUGAUCCAGUAACUCGUGGACUCAAUUUUCAAGGUUUGUUGGAAGACCUUGGUUCUGCUCCUUCAGGAGCAAUUGUGCUUCUUCAUGCAUGCGCUCAUAACCCAACUGGUGUGGAUCCAACUCCUCAGCAGUGGGAACAAAUUAGACAGUUAAUGAGAUCGAAAGCAUUGCUACCUUUCUUUGAUAGUGCUUAUCAGGGUUUUGCAAGUGGAAAUCUAGAUGCAGAUGCACAUUCUGUUCGGUUGUUUGUAGGGGAUGGGGGCGAGUGUCUUAUAGCCCAAAGUUAUGCAAAGAACAUGGGGCUUUAUGGCGAACGUGUUGGUGCCCUAAGCAUUGUUUGCAAGUCUGCUGAUGUGGCAAGCCGAGUAGAGAGUCAGUUGAAACUGGUGAUCAGGCCAAUGUAUUCAAACCCUCCCAUUCAUGGUGCAUCGAUUGUUGCCACCAUCCUUAAGGACAGAAAUAUGUACCAAGAGUGGACCAUUGAGCUGAAGGCAAUGGCUGAUCGUAUUAUCAACAUGCGACAUCUACUAUUUGAUGCAUUACGCUCUAGAGGAACACCUGGUGAUUGGAGCCACAUUAUUAAGCAGAUUGGAAUGUUUACUUUCACUGGGCUUAACUCUGAGCAAGUAGCCUUCAUGACGAAGGAAUACCACAUCUACAUGACAUCUGAUGGGCGAAUUAGCAUGGCUGGUCUGAGUUCCAGGACAGUACCACACCUUGUGGAAGCUAUACAUGCUGCUGUAACCCGACUUGUCUGAGGGUUUUGCUCAUUGGCUCAAUUUUUCUGCAGUUCGCUCUCGCACUGUGAAUCACAGCAGCCAAUGCUCACAGAGAUUACAAGAAGUGUUUUAGGAAAUAAUAAUAAUAAUAAUAGUAUUAAUAACAAUAAUUGCCUCACAAAAUUGGAGGCUGAAACAAAUUGCUUCUCUGGGAUAUGUGUGGUGUAUUUUAUACAACGAAAUUUAUGUUUUAUCUAAGUUUACAUUGAAGCUACAAAAUAGACUUGAUUU